AUGAUUAACCUUGAAACCAUUUCCAGCCAAGGAUCUAUAUCUGACAAAGUGAGGAUGUUCGUAAUCAUCUUCACCAUGGUUGCCGAAUUUUUUAUGGUUUAUGGCCUCCCUGCGCAGUUAUUAAUGGACGAGUCAGCAGCAAUCGCAGACACCGUAUAUUCUGAGUGCAAAUGGUACUCAUCGAAAUUACAACAUAUCUGGAAAGAUUUUUUUAUUGUGAUUAUCCGCAGUCAGAGAAGCGUUUGUAUUAGAGCUGGUAACUAUCACAUUAUUAAUAACGCAACAGUUCUACUGAUGGUAAAAAGUGCUUACACCUUUUACGCCUUUCUACAAAAAGUUACAUAA